CCAGUGUCCACACCGGUCCCUGUGGCCUCUCCCUGCCAUGGCCCCCCUGGCUCAGACCCUGGCACUGCUGGCAAUGGCCAUGGCCACCACGGGCAUCGAGGUGGAGACCCUGGACAUGGCCCAGGACUCCUUUGAUGACCAGUACCGGGGCUGUGGCCCUGCCAUGACCGCGGCAUUGCCAGCCCUCAACCACUCUGAGUUUGAGCAGAACAAGAAGUUUGCCGAGGUCUGGGUAAAGGCUGCAGCCGAGUGGCAGAAGCAGGGACCCCCUGAGUCCCCUCUGUCCCCAGACCAGAUGAUCGCAACCAUGGCCUUCGCAAUGGAUGGCCUCCACAGCGUGUUCAAUGAUGCCGUGCGCGUGGCCGGGCGCUCCCACCAGGAAUACCAGGACAACUUCCACUUCAAAACUCUGCAUUUCCUGCUGACCCAGGCCCUGGCAAGAACAAGGGACAGUCUGCAAGGGCAGUGUUAUGAUGUGUCACAGAAAGUGUGUGGGAUCAGAUUUGAGGCACAGCAUGGUGAUGAAGUCCGGUUUGGUCGCUUCAUGCCAAUAUGGAUGAACGAUGAGACUACACAGUGCUCUGGGCAGGAGACAGAGUUCCAGGUGCACACGUGUAAGGGCGCAAGUGUCGGCGUGAAAAUUGAACAUUCUCCAGUUCAGUUCAUUCUGAUCCCACCCUUUGAGACCUUUGAGGUCAUCAAAGUCACCCAAAUAGGGGACAAGGCAAAAAUCCAGCUCCGUUCCACCGGGACCUCCAGCAAAUACAACUGCGAGUGGCUGCAAGGUGGGAGUGUCCCCAGUGCCCCCUUCCACGUUGGAGGACUCCUCCUGGCCACCACAGCCCUGGCAGUGGCCACUGGAAUCCUCUGA